UCAUUAAUAUAAUCAGUAAUGGUCCUUGUCUCUGGUUUCUUAUGCCAAUUUGGAGGAGACAGGCAUUCUGUAAGAUAACUUCCCGGGGUGGAGAGCGAGCGUGCAAGCGCACGCUGAGGAUAACAUCACCAAGGUAACCAGUCUCGACCAGUCUGCCUCUGUGCUGCCCGCACUAGUACCUGGGGUGAAUCUCUGCCACAAUUCUUACCAGCAGGCGACAAAACCUGACAGGCAGAUAUGGUGAAGCUGGGGAGCAAUCUGGCUGAGAAGCUGGAGAAGGAGCCAUGUGUGGAAGACGGCUUUGAUAACAUCCCACUGAUGACGCCCCUGGAUGUGACUCAGCUUCAGCAGCCAUUUCCCGACAAGGUCAUCGUGAAAACAACAACCGAGUACCAGCUGCAACAAAAGAAGAAAAAAAAGUUGCAUGUUCCCAGCAUCAAGAAACUGAAUAUAAACCUUUACAGCGAGGUGUCCGAGAAAGUCAAGCUCACCGGGCUUGUCCUCAUCACCAUGGCGUUCCUUGCUUGUCUGCUCCUCUUGGUGAUGUACAAGGCUUUGUGGUAUGACCAACUCAGCUGCCCAGAAGGAUUUGUUUUCAAGCACAAGCAUUGUACCCCCGCAGCCCUUGAGAUGUACUACUCCGAACAGGAGACGGCCCCGCGAGGAGGUCUCUACACAGCCAUCAGCCACUUGAACCAAGCCAAGAAGACCAUCCCUGAGAUGCCGUCACCAUGGCUACCCGUCAUCAACGCUCUGAAGGAGGCAGAGAAAGCGAAAGAGGAGUCCAGCCAUUCCCAGCAAUAGGCUGUUUGUGAGCUGCCUGGAGAGCAGUAUAAUUUCAGCGAAACUCACAUGGGAGACCAUCAGAAUCUACUGUAGUGUUAACAUUUUUCGAGUAAGAAAGAGCAACACACACACUAAAUAACCAAGCUAGUUUAGAACGUGCCUGACUGAAGCUUCUACCCACAUUUAGAAAUAAUAUGUAUACAGCUCUUUUGUGAAUUUUACUGGAAGUACGCUUGUGGCGUGGUGUGUGUAUGUGUGUAUGAGGGACAUGUGAACCUUUGGGAGAUAAUGACAAAAGUUCAAUUUCCAGCGAUUAAGAUUUUAGUGCUAAUUUUCAUCAUGGAUUGGUAGGGAAAAAUAGACAUUUUCAAGACUUCAAAUGUUACUCAUUUUGCCUUAAUCUUACUCAUGUUUGACAUGCUUCAUGCUAUUUAGGCUAGGUUUACACUGCCAGUUUUAAUGUGGCUCAGUUGCGAUUUUUUUGGCAUAACCUAUACAGAUCGGAUUUUCCCCCCCGAGUGUAAACAGCAAAAAAACACAUGGGGUUCAAUCUUUUGAAUUCCCAUUUAGACCACAUGCAUAUGUGGGACCUGUGUGAAAAUCCUCAGACUGGGGUUUUAUGCUUUCAAGUGAUUUUUCCUGUCAUUCUCUGUGCUGCACAUGUUUACAUAAACUUCAAGAGCAAAUGAGAAACGUAUACUUAUGUGGUGACAUCACCAUCACAAGUACAAGGAGCACAUAUUCUAGAGCGUCCAAAAUAAUGACGAUGGACUUAAUUGCAAAAUAUCUUUUUGGCAUAUAAAAGUCAAUGUUUUUAUUUUUCAAAAGUAAAUAUCAGAGGAAGCAGCCAUAAUUCUUGCAAUGAGUAAUAUAGAUUUUGACUGAGCUGUUGCUGAGAAAUGUGAAUUUUCAUUUGAUUUACUGCACAUUUCAGGAUUCAGGUGGGAGAUGGAAUCUCAAAUGAUUCAGUUCACCAUACUGGCAAUCCUGGUUACCUGGAAAAGUUAGUUAAAUGCUUUCUAAGUAUUAACAAUACUGAAACCUGUAGUUUGUACAAUGUGACAUCACAUUUAGAUUGUUUACUCGGUUUUUUCCUAAUAAAGGAACCAGAUGUGCAUUAACGUGAAAAUUACAAUGAAAGAUCACACUGAAUCUUUUUCUACCUGCAAAAAAAUGCAUAAAGUCAGAUUGAUCAAUGAACAAUUGUGAUGAUGGUUUAAUCAAAGAUUAAAUUGGAAAAGUAUGAUGAAUAGAGGUCAUUAGUAAAUAUUGAACAUGUAAGGAGUGAAGUCUUCAUAGGAAACACAACAUUUUUCCAAGUUAAAAAUAAAUCCAUGUACAUCCACAAAAAGCUGCAAUAUCUUACUGAUCUAUGUAACAUUAUUAGUAAUUAAAUUAUUAGUUCAUUAUACGCUAGUUAAGUUCUUUCUCACAGUUAAAUAUGCCCACUGUGUUCAAGUCACCACUGUAUUCUUUAUAGUGAAUGUCUGCUUAAGAAUUAGCUAAAUAGUCUGUACAACACUGUCCGUUAUUUUAUUAAUCAAUUAAAUGUUUUCUACCUAUACCUAAUUAUGAGUGUGGCAGUGGCUAAGCUUGAUUAAAACAGACUACUUGAAAUUUGUUAUCCUAUAAGGUAUUUGGUAUGUGCAUUUUUCACACAAAAAAAUGUAAGCAUUUGGUUUGCGCUAAAGAUGCCGUAGUUUAAAGUAAUUUCAUGACAAUCAUUUGAACUUACUUUUAAAAGCUUCUUUUUUUUUCCUGUUAUAUAUCUUGCUGUUUGUUUGGCCAGAAUGAAACAGUGGCUAGAAUGGAAUCUUUUGUGUUCACCUGUGGUGCGUACAGUAUAUAGCAGAUCUAAAGUACUGAGAGCAUUAUGUAGAUAUUACAAAUUUUACUUUUAUUUUCAUGCUGGCUGAACAGAAGCCAAGUUUUUGCGAAAUGCAAUGGUUCUAGGAAAAGAUGUGAAACUUGUCAACAUUCAUAUUGUUAAACUCCAAAUGAUUGCAGAUAACUAUAGAUAAACUAGGCCCUUUAGUGGAAUGGUUCUGGUUUGUGGACACCUUCUUGUGCUUUGGUUUUAGAUAACCAUGGUAUAGAGAUAUGAUGUUUGUGUUUGUCCAUGUUUCAGGAUUAGGAGGGUAACUUAAGAGAAACUGUAACACUUUAAGCUGUUACUACAUGGUGUGUUUCAUUUACAUUUUUUUACUGAUUCAUGCACAAUGCUGUUUUCCAUAAAACAUUGUAUUAUCAGGAAUAGGAAGCUUUACAUUCCUAGAGGAGAAAUGCACAAACGCAUUUUUAUACUCUGCGAUUUCUUGUUGGACUGAAAUGCUUUUGGAAAUGCAGGACAUUUGUGUGAGAAAUUAAAUGGACUGACUUUCAUGGGUGUCUAGCUAACCAUUCUAAUGUGCGAAAUUGAAUCUGACUGUUGGUCAUUUGUUUCCCAUACCCAAGGGAGAUAAUACUAGCCACUUCUGAAAAUUAAUAGUGAAAAGGACUAGGAAUAAUUUCCUAAUUUUAACUGAAAGUAUUACGUGGAUUAUUAUGGCAUUUACCUUUUCAAAGCAAAAUAUCGUUUUAUUACCUGGUUUCUUGUACUGCUGUGGAACUCUAAGCAUAAUCUAAGUUUUUUGCUUUGCUUUGAAAUAAAUAAUUUGCUGAUAUGGAGAAAUUUGUUUUCAAACAAUUAAUUAGAAAUGAAUGUUUAGAGUGCUUUCUAAACUGUCCAUUGAAUUUCAUCAAAUGAAAACAGGUGCAUGACCUAAGAAAAUGUCCAAACCUUUCUCAGUCACAAACAUGCUUUAGCUUGUAUAUUGUUACUUUGUAAUUCUAGUACAGAAAAUCCCCCCAUGCCAAAAGUUGGUAAUAUCAUAUAUUUUCCUGAUCUGUACUAUGACUGGAAUUUGUUUUGUUUUCUAUUAAUAAUUAAUAAUAAUACAAGUAAUAAAAUAAUAGUAUUUUAAGCUAUCAGUUUAUGACAUGAGGAGUUGCCAGAUUUCCAACACCACCGAGAGUAUCAGCAACGCCUAAAACAAUGUAACAGUUUUCAUGGUGUAGGAAUGCAUAUGAAGCGAAGGAUUCACUUGUUUUUACGAGGAGACUCUCUGUCUUUGUACUUAUUAUCAUAAACAAUUAUAGUAAUCUUGUUUUAAAUAGUAAAAUAGCAGAAGACAAUCAUUUAAAAUAUAUUGCAGAUAUUACAACUGCAUUAUUUUGAAAUACUGACAAUUAACAGAGCUCAUCUGGUCUCCAAAGUUUUUUUCAAUACGUCAAGUGCUCUGAUGACGUCAGAGGAAGAUUUGUCUUCUAGCAGAAAAUGGUCAGCUCUUUAUUGACUGUUUUAGAAAUUGUAAUUGAAUAUUUGUACUGUUAUGCAGUUUUCAGAUGAUUACGUCACUUUCUUUGCUAAAUACAACUCAAGCAUUCGGAUGCAUUUUCUGUUUCAGUUGAAAUGUGGCAUACUGUAUUGAUUUUUUUUGGUGACAUAAGCUGAUAAAAUGCAUUCUUGAUAAUUGAUUCAGAUUAUUGAUUUAGUAAUGCAUGAUAUAAGAGGAGAACAUAUGAUACACAUUUUUGUAUUUAUUUCCAGUGUAUGAUUGGUUGUAGUCUAUGGUAUAAUUCUCAUUUUCUUCCAUAUUUGAUUGUCCUCAGCAUACACAAUACUUUGAGGUUGACUUCAUGGGUCAUAACUCCAUGUGUUCCAUUUAGCCAAAAGUAAUUAUCUGUGUUAAGCUAGCGUUAGACAAUUUUGGCUGUAGACUGGAUCUCAGCUUUUUGGAAGUUAAGCUGUAAAUGAUGGAAGGGAAAUUUCCCUUUGUGAUAUAUUUCCUGAAACUGUAAUUUGUGUACCUGUGAGUUUGUGCUUGUGGCUCAUAGUUGCAACAUUUGUUACAUACACAGUAAAUGAACAAUGUCUGUUUGUUUGUUUGUUUGUUCAUUCGUUCGUUUAUUCAUUCAAUCAAUCAUUUAUUUAUUUGUUUGUUUGUUUGUUUUGUUUGUUUUUUUGAUGGCAGAGUUUACAUGUCAAAGAUUAACAUGAAGUAUAGGACUGAGGUGUUAGACAUUGCCAUUAGAGUAGACUUGUAACUCAGAUUAUGAAGCCUGAUCCCCGAUUCAUUUGAUCAUUGCAUUUUUUUUAGCUAGGGUCAAAAUGCUAAGGGUGACUUAUGGCAAAGAAUAAUUUCUUUAACCUUUUAAUACUAGACAGCUUGAUGCACACUACUUAGGAUGUUAGCAGCAGCUGAUCUGUCGAUUGAUGGCGUUACGUUCCUUUUUUGUGUUUUGUGUCAUGUGGAGCACUUUGUAGGCUGCUCCCAGCAGAUGUGAUCUUAUUGCAACCCCUCGUACCCUUUUUUCGUGUCAAGUACUGAAGUGCCAAAGUUAACGUUGUGACUAUGUGCUUUGAAUUUGUCAAAAAUAAAGAAAAGAUCAAUGUCCA